AUGCAGGGCUUCAACAUGGGACGGUACGUCCCACCGGACCAAGAAGGUCUCACGUCCGCGAACAAGCUAGCCGGCAAGCAUGCCCUUGGCGCGCGCGCGCGCCACCUUAAAACAACCGGCGCCUUAAUCGUCCGCUUUGAAAUGCCAUUUGCAGUAUGGUGCACAAACUGCAAACCGAACGAGGUCAUAAUCGGUCAAGGUGUGCGCUUCAACGCUGAGAAGAAGAAAGUCGGCAACUACCAUUCCACUCCCGUCUACAGUUUCCGCAUGAAACACACUGUAUGUGGAGAAUGGAUCGAGAUCCGAACAGACCCGGCAAAUACAGCUUACGUGGUAGUAGAAGGUGGACGGAAACGAGAUACGGGGGAAGAUAGAGAACUGCAACCUGGUGAAAUUGCCAUUCGACCUGGUUAUACACAGGAUCCGGCUGAGAAAGAUCCAUUCGCGAAGCUUGAGGGAAAGAUCGAGGAUAAACAGCGAGCGAGGACGGAGGCGACUCGGAUAUUGGAGUUGCAGGAGCGCCAGAGCAGGGAUUGGGAUGAUCCUUAUGAGAAGUCGAAGCGGCUACGGCGCUCGUUUCGAACCGAGAGGAAGGGGCUUGAGAAGUUGGAGGCGAACCGCGAGGCUUUGAAGGAUAAGAUGAGUCUUGGUUUUGAUCUUGUUGAUGAGACUGACGGAGAUCGUCAACGGGCGGGUAUGAUCGAGUUUGGGGAUGAUCAGGCAACUUUGGGAGAUGUGGCUGCGCGUGCGACUCGAGUUCGACCUAUGUUCGAAAACAAAAUCGUCAAGGAUUUGCCUGGCAUUAAAGCGCGCGGCAAGAGCAAGAGUGGCGUUUCAAGAACUCGUACGGCUGAUCUGAUUGAAAAACGCAAGACAUCCCUACGAAAUGAAUUGAAGGGGAACACGCGCGCUGCUGUGGAUCCUUUUCUCAACGAUGUUGGAGAUGAUCAGGAUAUUUGGAGGCCAAGUAUCAAGCGCAAGAAGCCAUCUUCAGCAACCGACCAAGAGGCGACAUCGAAGGAUGAUGCCAGCAGUUCAGCACAGACUACCACAGUCACCGACAAACAAAGACCAUCCACUGGCUCGGCAACGCCAGCUGCGGCACUGGUGAGCUAUUCCUCCGACACCGAGUAA